GCUGCGGUGAGCGCCUGGGCUGGGAACAUGGACUGCGCCCGCCUCUGGCUAGGGCUGUUGCUGCCUGUGGUAGCUGCGCUGGACUUCAGCUACCACCACCAGCCAGAGAUGGAACGGUUCCUGAAGAGUAUUACCCAAAACUACAGUUCUAUCACUCACUUACACAGUAUCGGGAAAUCUGUGGAAGGCAGAAACCUGUGGGUUCUUACUGUGGGACGCUUUCCAAAGGAACACAGAAUCGGGAUUCCAGAAUUCAAAUACGUGGCAAAUAUGCAUGGAGAUGAGACUGUAGGGCGGGAACUGCUGCUGCAUUUAAUUGAAUAUCUCGUAACCAGCGAUGGAAGAGACCCUGAAAUCACAAAUCUAAUUAAUAGUACCCGGAUACACAUCAUGCCUUCAAUGAACCCAGACGGAUUCGAAGCUGUUGUAAAGCCCGACUGUUUUUACAGUAAGGGAAGGGAAAAUAGUAACUUCUAUGACCUGAAUAGAAAUUUCCCCGAUGCUUUUGAAUUUAAUAAUGUACCAAGGCAGCCUGAAACUGUGGCAGUCAUGAAGUGGCUGAAUACAGAGACAUUUGUCCUUUCUGCAAACCUCCACGGUGGUGCCCUGGUGGCCAGUUACCCAUUUGAUAAUGGUGUUCCAGCCACUGGGACAUUAUACUCUCGGAGCUUAACCCCUGAUGAUGAUGUUUUUCAAUAUCUUGCACGUACCUAUGCUUCAAGAAAUCCUGACAUGAGGAAAAGAAAUCCAUGUAGAACUAAAAUAGAGUUUCCUGGUGGAAUUGUAAAUGGAUACUUUUGGUAUCCACUCAAAGGUGGAAUGCAAGAUUACAACUACAUCUGGGCCCAGUGUUUUGAAAUUACGUUGGAGCUGUCAUGCUGUAAAUAUCCUCGCAAGGAGAAGCUUCCAAGCUUCUGGAACGAUAACAAAGACUCGCUGAUUGACUAUAUAAAACAGGUGCACAUAGGUGUAAAGGGUCAAAUUUUUGAUCAGAAUGGGACUCCAUUACCCAAUGUAACUGUAGAAGUCCAAGACAGAAAACAUGUCUGCCCCUAUAGAACCAACAAAUUUGGAGAGUAUUACCUCCUUCUCUUGCCUGGGUUCUAUGUAAUAGAGGUUACAGUCCCUGGACACAAUCCACAUCUCACAAAGGUGACUAUUCCCCAAAAAUCCCAGAACUUCAGUGCUCUUAAAAAGGAUAUUAUACUUCCAUUCAGAGCGCAGUUGGAUCAUAUCCCAGAAUCAGAUCCUUUAUGUCCAAUGAUUCCUCUUUACAGAGAUUUGCAAGGCCACUCAGCUGCAACAAAGCCCAGUCUGUUCUUGUUUUUAGUGACUCUUUUUCACAUAUUGUUCAAAUAA